GUCAUCCUGCGGUCUUGCAAAAGAUUCACCCUUCCAAAUCCUUCUUCAGCCUUCCGCCAGCAGCAGCCACACCCGAUAUCAUAAGGUCUGCUUAUCGCGAGCAGGCGCCCAAGUUUGACAGCUACUAGGUCCUUGGGUUUGGGCAACAAGCACUUGCAUACCACUUCAGACCGCUGGACUGAAUUGCAAUGGCUCGCUCUUCCUUUCUCUGUCCCUGGCAACUGGCUAUGGGCAGCCCGAAACAGAUCUCCCUCUAGCGUCGUGGAGUAGACUGCCGGACCUACUCUCGCUCACUGUCAUUUCCUACUUGCUUGCUCUCGUCGAUCUGCCUCUUUAACUUCAAUCCCCGAGGUUCUUCGACAUGACAGUGACUACAAAGGGUCGACUCGCAUCAUCGACACUCGAAAAUUCUCCAUACAACGGCCCAAAAGAUCGCGACAAACUUUCUCUACAGCUUCUCAGCCAGUCCCGCGCAGCGAUCAAGCGGAGAAGGGUGAGAAAAGCGCAUUGCCAGCGCAAGGCCCAGCAAGCUGAAACUCACAAGGACGAUCUCGAGGCCCUCGAAGUCCACCAAAUGCUCCUAGAUUUCUCAGAUGAUGUCACCGACGGGGAUGCGGAACCUACGAUGUUGUACCCGGUGAGGAGCGCCGACGCUCGAUUUCUCCCUGAGCCCGUCCGAGAGCUUCAGCGAGCACACAAUGACGAGGUGGCACCUCAGCAUCAGCAUCUACGGACUGCGGUAUUCUCCCAUCCUCGCUUCGGACCUGGUUCCACGUCUGUCAUUAACCGCGAUGACCGCAUUUACAUGAUGAUAGUCCUCUCAUCAGCGCCGGCACUCCAUCUUCGAGGCGAGAUCAGGAAAACUCGCCACUCUAGGAUGUACAGAGCGGGAGGGUCCUCGAUAGGGAUGCAACCCGUCGCGAAGGGGAACACGAACUCCGCGCUCGGCGGCGAGAUGCCAUCACUGCUGAGUGUGCUGUUGGCGCUGCUCGUCGGAGUGUCGUACACGGCUUUGCAGCACAGGGGAAUACUAGGGCAGCUCUGGGCUGAUACCGCCCCUGCGAGGGUGAUGGCGAGGCAGCUGAAGAGCCGAGAAGGGGUUUCAGAUGCUGGACAGCGAUAUGAACUGUUUAAGUACGCAAGGUGGUGA